GUGUAUAUAUAUAUUGAUAUUUAUCUAAGUGGCUAAACCCCUUGGGUAUUAACAUGUGAUGCAGCUUUUUUGUCAAUUUAAUUGAAGUACAAGUAUGAAAAGAUCAUGGAAAGUCCUGACAAGUACAGAAAUAAAAUAUGUCCUUGAUGCAAGGUCAAAGAGAUUUACUUACCUUGUGAGCUGAUAAAAGUUCAUUUUAAAGACAUAGUGAAAUGAGAUAAUUGAUUUUCAUUAUGUUGAAAGUGAAAUGUUACUUAUUUUAGCCAAAAGUAUUGUGAUACCACUAUUUAUUUUAACUUAUUGGAGAAAAACAAAAUACCAGAGAUAAAAAUGGGUUGUCAUUUUCUUGUAUCCUCAACACUAAACGUCUAAUUUAAAAAUGUUGUUCUCCCAAAUAUUAUUUUGUAAAAUUACUGUUUUCAAGAAGGGGAAUAAGACUUGAGCUGCUUUGGCAUUGUGUAAGAAGCCAACAAUGCCUGUUGUUAUGCUUUUCUAUCAUUUGCAUUUUAAAUCGUGGCCUGUUGAUUUGUUUGUUGAAACAUGAGAAGCUAUAAGUUGUUUGAUUAAUCUUUAAUGGAGGAAACAAAUUGCAUGCAGACAAAAUAACUGAAAAGACAAUAGGUACAUAAAUCAUAAAAUAUUACCUUUAAAGUAUAAAUUCAUUGAAGCAUAUGUUCUUCACCAAACUACCUAGUGAUGACAGUUCAAAAUUGUGAGUUAUUUUAAACUGAAUUCAUUUGUAAAGAAAAGAAUAAGAGAAAAAACUUACACAGAGCUACAUCAUUACUUGGCCAUUUUAGUGUGCACUCAGAAAUGUUGUGCAGUUACAGCAUUUGUUGAACACAUAUUGUUGGAUUUGACCCUUAAAAGCAUAUUUACAACAUCAAAACCUAAAACAAGCUUUUUUUUUUAUUUACUAGAUUUGACUUCUGAAUUAAAACUGCUGAUAUAUGGGUGUGCCCUGACCUAGUUAGGACCAAGAUGGAUUCCAGGAAGAAAAUUAAAAAAAAAUAAUCAAAGGGAUAACAUCCAACAUUUUUUAUCUUCAUUCUUCUUAAAUCCUUUAAAUGAUGGCAGACAUUACAACACACUGAUAUAGUCCAUAAAGAGAUGAUGAAGUCAAAGAUCCCUUUUGGAACAAAGGAGAAUCAUAUAUUAGCCAUUCAGUUCCAUUGCAGAAAAAUGGCUGCUUGAGCCCUUGGCCUCCUCUUUGCUGUCUGGUGAAGGAUGUCUCGGCUCAGCUUCUAAUAGCAAGAGCUAAAAUGGUAGCUUCGAUCUGAUUGGCCGUGGGAACACACUGCUGUUAACCAGCCAAUUGCCCAAGCACUGCAAAAUAUCAGACAAUGAUCGCAAUGGAUACCCCAGUAUCGCAUACACAACAGCAUACAAACAUUUUUAAAACAAAAAGAGGUAUAAUGCAACACGUUCGUCAGGCUGCACGACGAAAAAGCAAUAUGUUAGCUGCUUUCUGAUUGGCUCCUGCGACCUGAAACGCUUCUUUAAUAAGUGAAAUUAACGUAGAGUUAAGUGUACUCACGCUUCCUUAAAACUAACAUAGUAUUUUACAAAUGCGUUCGUUAUUCCCCUGUGUUUUUUUUUUAAAUAAGGAAAAUACGGACACAAUAUCACUGGGGACUGGGUGGAUUAUAACCCGGUUCUCUUUAUAGCCUCUAAAAAACUUGAGCCACCUAUGUCCGUCUUGUUGAGAGGCAGUUUCCCCGUUUGCGUAAAUCUAGGCGGUAGAUUCAAUGCGUCGUGGAAAGCCGGUGUUUUCGGCCAAACGCGCGAUCAAGCGCAGAAAUUAUAUUAAAGUGCUUCAGAAAAAAUAGAAAUCGCCGAUUCGCUGCGCCUUUUGUGAAACAGGAGUAUCGCACGGCCGAAAUAUUUGUCAAAUCCGAGUAGCGAAUGUGCGUCUGGAAUGUAAGGCUAGGUGUUAGUAUAGUGGUGUAUUGUGGGAGAGACAGAAAGCGACCAGAGAGGCACACAAUAUGUGUUGGCUCGCAAAAAGGAGGCAGGAUCCUUUAAAACCAUGUAAUGUAAUCAGGGAAAUGUAAAAGAUCUCGCCGUUUUGGUAGAAAAAAAGACUCGAUUGGAAAUCUACACAAUGUCCAAACCAGGAGAAAAGGCCAGGUUAAAUGAAGACCACGGCAGAAAGCAGAGUUCAAGUCUGGCGAACGGAAUGGAGCACAGCAAUCCAGUGUGCAGUUCAGGGGAGAAACGAAGUCACCAUUGGAGAAGUUACAAGUUGAUCAUUGACCCAGCUUUGAAAAAAGGACCGCAUAAACUCUACCGCUACGAUGGACAGCAUUUUAGCAUGCCCAAUCCGGGCAUGCCACCCGUGGAUACCGUCCGAGACCCCAGGAUCGGUCGGUUGUGGACCAAGUACAAGGAGACAGACCUCCCGGUUCCGAAGUUUAAGAUCGACGACUGUUACGUCGGCCCCGUGCCCCCGAAAGAGGUGACCUUUGCGAAGCUCAACGACAACAUCAGGGAAGGGUUCCUGACGGACAUGUGCAAGAAAUUCGGAGAGAUCGAGGAGGUCGAGAUUUUGUAUAAUCCGAAAAACAAGAAGCACUUGGGAAUCGCUAAAGUUAUAUUUGGCACAGUAAAAGCGGCGAAGGAGGCCGUUCAAAACCUCGACAACACUUCGGUCAUGGGAAACGUCAUCCACGUGGAACUCGAUACAAAAGGUGAAAAUCGCAUGCGAUACUUUGAGCUCUUGGUCAAUGGUAUAUACACCCCUCGCACACUGCCAGUAGGAAAUGAGGAUUCCCGUGACAUCUCACCACGAAGUCUGAAUGACACCGCUCAGGCUGGUGAGCCCGCCAAGCGUCUGUCUGAGGGCAGCUCCUCGGCGGUGGGCAGCUCGGCCACGCCGAACAGCAGCAGCACCCCGUUCUCGCAGGACACAGCCUACUCCAGCUGCCGGCAAGACACGCCCAACUCCUACGGGCAGUUCACCCCCCAGUCCCAAGGUACACCGCUCACCCCCCGUCUGGGGGGUACCCCCUUCUCUCAGGACUCCAGUUACUCCAGCCGGCAGACUACCCCGGCGUACCAGCCCAACCGGGCAGAGAGUUCCACAGGGUACAAGUCCAGGAGGCAUGAAACCAAAUUCCAGGACGCCUACAACCGCAGGCCUGAGCGCCAUUACGUCCACAACACCACAGGGCCCUACCGGGGCUCGGAGCAGACGUCCUUCUCCAGCCCGUCCUUCAAGCCCCACUCGGUGCCCGCCGAGCCCACGUCGGCUUACACCCACACGCACACCCCCCCACCUCCCGUCGCCCACCCGGCCUCCUAUAAGUCAGCCUUCUCCCCGUAUCAAGCGCCCCCGCCCCCCGUGUAUCCCCACACGGUGGAGCCGCCCUUCCACCCGACGCCCCGAGAGCAGGACUACAGGAGGCCCGCCCCCCCGCCCGCCGCGGAGCCCUUCGCCCUCUCCGGCGCCAGCGGCGGCCUUGACUUCGUGCCGGUCAAGGAGAAGCCGGAGACGCCCCCCCUCCCCGAGCCCCCGCCGCCGAGCGAGUCUGUGGGCGCCGCGCCCCCGGGCGGCCGGACCCCAGAGCGCAGCGAGACCCCCGGCACCCCCACCUUGGAGUCGGAGAUGCGCAACAGCCUGGACUCGCGGAUCGAGAUGCUGCUAAAGGAGAAGAGGACCAAGCUCCCCUUCCUGAGUGGGAGAGACUCGGACAACGAGAUCCGCAUGGAGGGCAGCCCCAUCUCCUCCUCGUCUUCCCAGCUCUCCCCCAUCCCCCCCUUCACCGGCAACUCCCAGCCUGGCUACCGCGGGCCCACGCCCACCUCGCGCCCCUCCAGCACUGGCCUGGAGGACAUCAGCCCCACCCCGCUGCCGGAUUCGGACGACGACGAGCCCGUCCGCGGCACGGCCUCCCUUGUUAACCGAUCCGGGGCCGCGUCUCCGGCUGACUUCAACGGGCAGCUGGGGAAGACGGACUCGUCGGAACCGAAGGACUCCGUGUCUGGAGACCAGACACCCACUGCGGAAAAAAUGGAUGUGGGCAACCACUCCUCUGGUGAGGACAUGGAGAUCUCCGACGACGAGAUGCCCGGCACGCCCAUCACCAGCUCCGAGUGCGUUGUGGUCAACUCCUCGGUCUCCUCCUCCGUCAUGCCGCAGGCCAUUCCCAUCCCUCCCCCUGGCUUCCCCCCCCCCCCCCCCGCCCCGGCUCCCCCCCCCCCCCCCCAGCCUGGCUUCCCACUGCCGCCCCCACCCCUGCCCCCGCCCCCCGCACAUCCUGCCGUCCCGGGCCCCCACCCCCCGCUGCCCGGGCCCCCAGGCGUCCCACCCCACCCCAUGCUCCACACACUGCACCACUACCCCCCGAACAUGAUCCCCAUGAUGCCCAUGGACCUGAUGACCUGCCUGCCCCAGUGGGGCAGCAUGCAGAUGUCCUUCCAAAUGCAGACCCAGAUGCUGAGCCGGAUGAUGCAGGGCCAGCGGGCGUACCCCUACCCUCCUUUCAUGGGCGGCGGAGGCGGGGGUGGGAUGCAGUUUGGGAACCCCUAUCGCCCCUUUACCAUAGGCGGCGGGCCGGCUGCCAAUGUGACCCAUGGGUACCCCUGGCCUCCGCUGCCUAAAUUCAACCCCUCGGUGCCCCCUCCUGGGUACGAGCCCAAAAAGGAGGACCCCCACAAGGCCACAGUGGACGGCGUGCUGAUGGUCAUCGUCAAGGAGCUGAAGUCCAUCAUGAAGCGGGACCUUAACCGCAAGAUGGUGGAGGUGGUGGCCUUCAGGGCCUUCGAUGAGUGGUGGGAGAAGAAGGAGCGGUCAGCCAAGGCCUCGCUCACCCCGGUCAAGUCGGCCGACGGGAAGGAGGAGGAGAAGGAAAAGCCCAAGCCCAAAGAGCCCAUCACGUCCAGCCUCCUGGAAAACUGGAACAAGGGCGAGGGGCUCGGCUAUGAGGGCAUUGGGCUGGGAAUCGGGCUACGUGGCGCCAUCCGACUGCCUUCCUUCAAGGUGAAGAGGAAAGAGCCGCCUGACCCCGCCUCCUCAGGGGACCCCAAAAGAGUGCGCCCCUCCACACCUGUGGACGACGAGCUGGAGGAUGAAGAGUCAGAGGACCUGCCUUCAGAUGUGUCCAAGAAGGAUGGAGAUGUCGGGCAAGUGAAACGCCGCCACUCCAGGCCUCUGGAGUUAGACAGCGAAGGGGAAGAGGAGGAGGAGACAUCUGGGAAGGAGGAAGAGGAGUCCUCUUCAGACAAAGAGGAGCAGGAUGAAACGGAACCUUCUGAGAAGCUCUCUUCUGACAAGGAUGUCGAGGAGUUGGAAGAGGAGGAGGAAGAGGAGGAGGAAGAUGAAAUUGAAUCUGACACUAGUGAGAAGGAAGAGUCUGACUUCUCAGAUGAAGAGGUUUUCAGCACAGCCUCCUCGAAAGCUGAAUCAUCUUCAUCGUCAUCAUCAUCCUCAUCAUCAGAGGAAAGUGAAGACUCCUCAGAGUACGAGACCAGCUCUGAGGAGGAAGAGGAAGUGGAAGACCAGGAACAGACUCGGGUGUCCUCCUCUGAUGAGGAGCAGGAGGAGGAAGAGACGGAGGCAGAGGAGCUGGUAGGACUUAAACCUCCGACACCUCCCCUGGCUCCUCCCCUCUCGGAAGCCGUGGACCAGUGUCUGCUGGGGGAGGCGAGGAAGAGCCUGGAGGAGGUGGGGCUGAGGGACGAGCUCCAGGACAGAGUUUCCCAGGAGGUGGAGGAUUUGAGAGCAGCACGCCAUGAGGAAUUUACAGCAGACGAACCUCUAACUGAAUCGGAGCCUGAUCUCAGGCCACCCUCACCCAAAGGAGUGCCAGCAGAAGAGCCUGACAUUGAAGUGGAGACAGAGGUUCCAGAAGUGUUGAAGACCGAACCCCUUGAGGAUUUCGGGAACCUCCGACCCCCCACACCUACGGGUUCUCUGGCUGACAGCGACCUGGAUGUACGGCUCAAGAGCAAAUUCUCCUCACCCACAGUAGAAGAUGAGGAGGGUCUACCUCGGACCCCUGGCCGCGAGGCAGCAGCGCUGUUGGACGUGGAGGUGCCUGUCACCAAGCUUCCUCUUUUAUGCUCAGGUCCACCUCCUACUAUUGAGAUCGAAACCCAGGCCCCCUUGUUACCCCCAGGGCCUUUGCCUGAGCUCCCAAUUGCACCCAAGCUGCCCAUGGAGGAGGAAUUACCAAGGACACCCGGGAGGGACUUUGUGAGCAAGGCAGCCAAGUGUUUAGGAAAAUCACAGAGCACAGAUACCGUGCCAAACACACCAGGCAGCGAUGCACCUCUGACCGGGAAUAGCCUGACACUGAGUUCGCCGCACAUCCCUGGCAGCCCUUUCUCCUACCCCUCCCAGUCCCCUGGUGCCAGCGGUGGGAUACCAAGGACUCCUGGUAGGGAUUUCACUUUCACCCCUACUUUCCCUGAACCUUCCAUUGCUGCAUCUGCAGCACAACCUGGGCUUCAUGGGAAAUCCUCUUCUGACAGCUUGGAGGACAGGUUACUGUUCAAAGAGCCGACUAUUGCUUCACCCCUGAACAGCAUGAUCCCUCCUGCUGCCUUCCCCUGCCCCCUACCUGCAGGCUCACUUAAAGAUUUUGAACUGCCUUCGCCAGGUGCUUGCCCUCCUUUGGCAACACCUCCCUUAAAUACAGCCAUUGUGCCAAACGAGCAGCCCAUUGGCAGACCUGAGGAUCUUACUUUGCCUCCUGAUGUCACCCCACCCAAGAGGAAGCCAGGACGACCCAAGACGAAAAAGACAUCUCCAGCACUGUCUCAGUCCCUUGAGGACCAAGAGCCCAAAGUGGCUGCCGAAGUCUUGCCUUCCCUGCCGCGUGAUUUGCCAGUCACGGAUUUGUUUGGGAGAGAAAUGGAUGCCGUUGCAGCUUCUGCUGCUGCUGCUAUUGCUGCUGCUGGUGUAAGGGAUCCCUCUGCGGUGUCCCUGGACUUCAGGGAAGAAUGGGAAGAGACAGAGGUGGCACCACAGGACAAGAUGCCGCUUAAGGAGCUGGAAAACAAGCUGCCGGAAGACGUUCUGGACCAGCAGGAGGAGCAGGUGCUGAAGCCCCGGCGGCACAGGCGCAAGCAGGAGGAACUGCUGCUGGCCAUGCACUCCCCUGUUGCCUCCCCGCACCGGCCCACCUUCUACCCCCGGUCGGAGUUUGAGGAGAUGACCAUACUCUACAACAUCUGGAACGAGGGCAUCGACGAGGAGGACAUCCGGCACCUGCAGAUCACCUACGACAAAAUGCUGCAGCAGGACAACGGCAUGGACUGGCUCAACGACACCCUCUGGGUUUAUCACCCUCCAACCUGCGUCCCAGAUGUCAAGAAGAAGAAGCGGGAUGAUGGGAUGCGGGACCAUGUGACAGGCUGUGCCCGCAGCGAAGGCUAUUACAAAAUUGACAAGAAGGACAAAGUCAAAUACCUCAACAGCAGUCACCCAGUCACGGACGAGCCUCCAGUGGACACUCAGGGACUGAGUAUCCCGGCGCAGCCUCACGCGUCCACGCGAGCUGGGUCUGAGCGCAGGUCCGAGCAGCGGCGCCUGCUGUCCUCCUUCAGCUGCGACAGCGACCUGCUCAAGUUCAACCAGCUCAAGUUCCGCAAGAAGAAGAUCAGAUUCUGCAAGAGCCACAUCCACGACUGGGGCUUGUUUGCCAUGGAGCCCAUUGCGGCGGAUGAAAUGGUGAUCGAGUACGUGGGUCAGAACAUCAGACAGGUCAUCGCAGACAUGCGGGAGAAGAGAUACGAGGAUGAGGGCAUCGGGAGCAGUUAUAUGUUCCGAGUGGAUCACGACACCAUCAUCGAUGCAACAAAGUGUGGUAACUUUGCCAGGUUCAUCAACCACAGCUGCAAUCCUAAUUGCUAUGCUAAAGUGAUCACAGUGGAAUCGCAGAAGAAGAUCGUGAUAUACUCUCGGCAGCCCAUUAAUGUUAACGAGGAGAUCACGUAUGACUACAAGUUCCCCAUCGAGGAUGAGAAGAUCCCCUGUCUCUGUGGGGCAGAAAACUGCAGGGGUACCCUGAAUUAGAACUGGGGGGCGUGGAGGGGGGAGCGCCCUACACUGGGGGCCUUCAUCCUCCCCUCUCCUCGCCCACCCCUCCAAGCGUCUCUCCAAGCGCUUUAAGACAGUGCUGGACCCAAGUGUGCUUGCACUAUGCCAAAAAAAUAAGUUUAAGAAGAAGACUCUUGUAUGGAAAAGCAUACAAAAUCACCAACGUGUCGCACUUCAGCUCAAGUCUCUCCACAGGCGAUUGUGCAUCAAGGUGUCCAGGACUCCAUUUUGCUGUUUACGAUUUCAGGUGCUCUUUUUCUUUGGGGAAAAAAAAACAAACCAACAAAACCGGAAAAAAAAAAAGGUGUUUACCACUUUUCCCCCCUGCGCUUUGUUAUCCGAACAAACACUAGAUCGUCUCACCUGCCCUACCUCUCCCCCUCCAGCCGGACAGCCCACCUCGCCCCACCUCCACUGCUUCCCACAAUCCUCAGCCCACCCCCCCGACUCGGUCACAGCGAGACGCAUGGUACUUUAUCUUCCACCUGGGAAUGCUGCUACCUGUUCUUUUCAGAGUGUUCAAUGUACAGUAAUCAUCGCCACCAUAAUGUGAAAGGGGAGUAGUGAGGCUUGACUGAAUGCUAAUGUGGUGGGUUUCACUUUUGGGCAGUUUGGCCUUGGAUUCGAUGUUGCACAGAUUCUGAAGGCAUCGCCGUGGGUUUGGAAUUGUUUUCUAAUUAUUAGUUUUUUUUCUUAUUGUUGGCCAUAGAAUGACUGGGUAUUUUCUGUUGCCUGUAGUGGAAUGUGAUGAAACAGAACCAAGGGUCGGUUGCAGCAGAUUAAUGUCAAAUUCUUUACAUCUGCACAUGCCUGGCUCAUUGUUACAUUUUUUCAAGCUGACAUCCUUAUUAGAAAGUACCAAGUCCAUUUUCACAUUUACUUUUAUUCAAAGUGCAAUUAAUUGUCAUGAGUUAAUCCUAUAUUCAGCAUCACCUCUUAUUUACAUGACUUUUGGUGAUGCGUACAUCCUUCCAUGUCUUACUCCAUCACUAGCUUGCAACUUUUGUCUAAUUUAAAACUUUCAAACGCAAUCUUUAAAUGCUAGACGGAAUAUUAACUGUUAGCAGACUUUAAAAAGCAGUAAAAUGCACCCAUGUUUUUUUACCGUGAUUAUAUUUUUAAACGGUAAUCUAAUAAUUGAAUUGAAGAGCAACAGUGACCUGGUGCGUUCUUUCCUGGAUUAUUCUGUUAAAUAGUCCAGCCCAGCCAUUAGAUUGUACUGCCCUCUACAGGUGAAUUCCUGAACUUGUUGUAUUGCUUUGAAACAAAACUACUGGGAAGAGACAUAACAUUGCAGAACCCCCGGUGUGAAUUAGUUGUCUUUACUGCUAGAAUAGUGGCUGUGUAACACCUGGCAAAGCUGCUUCAAGUGAAAAUGUGCACUUUGAGUGCACUGAGUUACGGGUCAUUGUGGGCCCAUAUCGUUCAGUGACGGCAUUAGCUUUUGCUUCAUGCCUGUGCUCUUCACUCUUACUUUCUCUCAGUGCGUUUCCUUUCAUGGUGGAAGUCAGCUUAUGUGACUCAUUGUUCGCUUCCCUGCAAAAGGAGCUAUUCCUGAAAGUGAAAGAGAGAGACGCAUGUCUCCACCACUGCUCUGGAGCGUUACCUGGCCAGACAGCGGUGGGGCUCGGGAGACCCACUUGCAUGUCAGUGGGGGAUCAAGGGCUGUGUGGCCGCGUUUACAUCCCAGUGCUAAAGCUUUUUGCAGACUGCUUACUAGACUGUGACUGAUGCUUAGUGGCUAAGCAUACAACCAGGUGGGUCCAUUUACUACAUUUAAUGUGGGAGAUUUAAUUUUUAAUAUUUCCGAGGUUGAACGCUUCACUUUGGGAGAAAAGGAUUUUAUGAAGCAAGUAUAUAUGAAUUUUUUUUUGACUGAAAACAGUGUAUUUUAUGUUGAAGUGAAAAGAAAAUAUUAAGAUAACAUGCUUUUUGAAACCCUUUUCGUACCUGAAUAUUAUUUUGAGAGGAAGCUUGGAGUGUUUUAAUGGUUAUAAUUGCUGGGCAAAAAGCCUCCUAGAUCUACAUCCAGUUUCGUUCAAAGUGCUUCGUGGAUGUUUUCUCUUUCUCUCCCAGAUUCUGAAUUGACUGGUAUAACACCUGUGGCAAUUGCCUUCUCCGAAACAUUUAGAAAUGAGAGGAAAGCAACUACUUGAAAGUAGAUGACAAAAAAAAACGUCAAGUCAUGAAGGAAUUCUAGAGUUCCAUUUUUGGAGAGUGAGUCUUAGAUUUUGGAUGUAAAAAAAACAUCUUGGAGUCAUGUCUGAUGUGUCCAGACUGGACUGGAGGGAGAUAGAAACUGCCGGUCAGUGGUUUCGGACACAGGGUCAGAGUUCAAGUUUCUGAGUCUCAUCGCUCCACUGCAGGCACAGAAAGGCAUGUUGAGUACCAAUCAUGAGCAUUCUGACUAGCAUUUUUUGUGUGUUGUAUGGUGCUUUUUUCAUUUACAAAAAUGUAAUUUUCUUUUUUUUCUCGUACAGUAAGUUGUAACAUUAAUCUAUAUCUGUACAUAAGCUAGCUAUAGUUUAUUUUUUGCAAAUGCACUAUAGGUUUGCAUGAAGCUUGGCUUUGGUGUUGACCAACAAGCUUGCAUGUGUCCUAUUUUGUCAAUCAGUAAACUCAAAAACAGGUCAUUCAUCACGCCUUCACCUUCCGAAGAUCUCUGCACAGUCCUUUGAACACAAUCCGCACAUGGCAGAGUAGGGAGGCUUUUUAAAAAUGUUUAUAUUGUACAGCUUGAUUUGUAUUCAAAGAGAAGAGGCUUUUUUAUCUUCCAAGGGGGGAAAAACAGCAACAAUAUAUUAAAACUUUUGUGAAUAUUCCUUUUUUUUAAUGAAAAAUGUGUGAUCUUUUCAGGGAGCAUUUAAAACAUGUAAAAUAAAAAGUGAUGAAAACUGUUUGAAACAAAGGUGCAUCUUGUACGUACACAAACCCACAUUUCCCUUUGAAAGAUUGUUUCUUGUGGAAACUUCUUUUUUUUCAGCCCUGUUUCUUUGUACUUCUGAAAUUUGUACAUAAUUUAUAAUUGUGAAUACGAUGGGAGUUUUUUUCUGCAAUUUGCUACAGAAUUACAGCUCUUAAAUCUGUAAAAAGUGUAAUAUACAUUGAGCUUGUAGCAAUGUUUUCAGCUUGUGUCAAGCUUUUUUUUUUGUAAAUUUCAUGUAAAUUCCUUGUUUGAUAUGUAGAGAAACGAAGAGCAUUAUCCUUCAGAAACUAUUGCACGGGAAUCAGGUGACAGUCUUGCCUGAUGUCUCAAUAGUCUAUUUAUUAAGUGGAGGAAAGCUGUAUAAAAAAUAAUAAAAAUAAAGACAACAAAAUAAAGGCAUCUUAAAAUGUA